ACAAAUUGUAUAAAUUGUACAGACAUCGUAUAAAAGGUGUAUGGAGCGAAUCAAUUAAAUGUGUUCCACGUUAGUCUUCGCUGUCCGUAAUUUCCGUAAGUACUGAAUGUUAAACUGAAAGAUGCAAAGAUAUGUUAAAAGAAUAACAAUCACGAUAUUAGAUUGAACAGGCUCAUUUGGGUACUAACGUCAGCAAACCCGCCUCGGACUCUACAGCUGUCAACUAAUUUGGGUCGAUAGACUUCUUAAAUGAAUCUAAAACAUUGUCAGAAAAAUUAACCGGAGUGAAAGAGAGACGAUGAAUAUGAAGACUUCGUUGGCUAUUCUUUGUAUCAAUGGAUUUGUGUUUAUAAUAUUAUGUUCCUUCCUGUUAGUUCACCCGGGACCUCAGAAUUGCACGAUUGAAUACAGUCCUGAAAAAGACUUAGCUAAUCUCGAUAAGAAAACAGAAGCAAGCAAUACAAGCCAGACUUAUUAUGAAAGACAAGCUCUCCUAUACAAGAAUUGUGCGAACGCGCCCAAGAUUGGAUUAAAAGGCAGAGAGACUUUAUACUUCUACGCUGAAGCUAACAACUUAGCAUUUUGCAAAACUCCCAAAUCCGGAAGCACCUUUGUCGGAACGGUGGUAUCCGCCCUGAAGCACCGUGAAGAAUUUGGAAAUUUGUUCCAUGCCAACCGAGAAUCUAUCCAUGGUAGAAAUGAAGCGAAGUUUUCGGCCAUUUUCAGUAGUACAGUAGUGCCUGUGAAACUUGUUCUUGUUGUACGAAACCCAUACACAAGACUAUUUUCUGCCUAUAUAGACAAGUAUUCUAUUUUAGCUGCUUGGGGGAAGAGAUUGGCAAAUGUCAAACAAAAGGGUCUUUUUAAAAUGGGUGCCGGAUACUGCGGAUACAACGUGUCAUUCGAGGACAUGUUGGACUCUGUAACGACAAAGGCGAUCAUUGAAGAACACACCAUGACUGUGACGGAAAUCUGUAAGCCGUGCACUGUACAUUACGACAUUAUCUGUAAACAGGAAACUCUGAAUACUGAUACAGAAUACGUACUGAAUGCUGGUAAUAUCACAGAGUCGAAAAGAAGAGCAAUUUUGAAAAUGAUACAUGGCACAACCUUGAAUGAUACAUUGUUUGGUUGGAUUUCAUCACAGCUGGUUUAUUAUAAAAGUUUUGAGCACGAUUGCCCCGACAUUAUUCUUUAUAUGGAAAAACUAUGGCAAGCAUUACAGUCUCAGGGAUACAUCGAUUUGUCCUUGACAUUUCCGGCACAUGAAUUCAAGAAGCUGGAAAAGUUGGAAGCAGAAGGAUUGACGACAUUGAUAUUAAAGUUGAUUAACACGGCACCGCUUUCAAAGUCGCAAAUGUCGAUGCAGAAAAAACGUGUGUUAGCAGAAGCCUACAGCCGAAUUAAGCCAGCAACCCUUGCCAGGAUAAAGACUAUGUUUGCUCAGGACUUUAGUCUCUUUGGUUAUGACACGUCUGUUCCUGUGUAAGGUAGACAAAAUCAUAAAUAUAUGCAGGUUCAAAGUCAGAGAGCUACUACUCCUAAUCAAGCCGACAGAACAUUGGUAAUUACUGGUGAGACGAAACCUAUAUAUAAGCUAACAACAGGCGGAGUCAUGUAGGCGAUUACCAGUAACUAUCUGACGAUAUGACCAGCAGACACUUUUAGUAUAAAAAUUCUCAAGAAGUCAUGAAUUCCACAAGAAUAGGUACUUUAAAUGGUUUUUAAUUGAAAAAAAAAAUCGUAGUGUUACCAAAAGAUGGAGAAAAAAGAAUACUUAUUUUCGCAAAAGAUAUGAACCGUACAAUAAUUCAUUCAACAUUAUUUUCUAAAAUGUGAAAUGGUCUUUUAAUUGCUCUGGACGGCUUGUGACGGGCCUCCCGUAGGUUUUUCAGUGAGGUAGUCACUGACUGCUACAAUGAAAAGCCGCCUGAAAAUAGCGCUGACUGUUCACACAGCAAAAUAUCUGGUGUUCAACAUAAUAGCGUUAAAUUAUUUAAACCAAUUCUGAAAUCUUCUGGUACACAACGCAGUAAAAAUUAUAUCGCUCUCAUAAAUUGCUAGUUAUGUUGAUUUAACAUUUUCCUCUUCAAGCUUGUAUAUAUUAAAUAUAGUUUUACAUGAUUCCAUUAAUACAAUGCAUUUAUAAAGGGUCAUAAGUUAUAGCCCUGUCUGUUCAGACGGUUUUCUCCUGCAAGCUAGUAUAUAUAUAUCUAUUUACAUUCUGUGUUGCAUUUGGCUAUAUGUCGUUAGUAAACCAAAUUGUAUUCAUGAGACUGUAUACUACAAUCUACAGUGAUUCGGUCAGUGUAGGAAUACAGCUUCAGGUAUAGGUUAAAACAAUGGUCCCCAGUUACAUUCGGCCUAGAGAGCUUUCGAAUGCUAGCAUUCAUCUACAUAAACCACUACAAAAAAGCAACGCAAGUUAUGAGAGUAAAAUUUAAUAAUAAAAAAAA